UGGAGGGAUACUGCUGCGCAGUGGUCGUAUAUAUUGAAAUGAUCUCGCCACCACACCCACGGAUCUUGUGUAGAGCGUGGCGUAUGGUAGAUAACGCAGGGCCAGCAGAGCUUCAGUACUUUUACAGACAGCAGAAUAAUUACAUUAGUUUAUCUCGGUUUCAUUUCGUUGGAAUUUAUCAAGCCACAAAAAAAACGUAUUCUUCCCUUUCUCAUACCCCUGGAAUAAUAAAGGUAAGAGUUGGCAUUUACGGCUUCACAGAUUAUUUCACGUGGUUUUUGCCGGUGGUAUAUACUGUAUAUAUAUAUACAAUUUUUUUGUUUUGUUUACCUAUUAGUUACCUGACUUUUUUUAAACUAUAUUUAUUUCAAACGACAUGACGGCAUACAUAAGUGUCAUUCAUUCUAAUGGUUUUAGCUUCAUUUGUGUUUUAUGUUUAUGUUGGUGAUUUGUAGAAAAAUAGAAACUUGUAACGUUAAACCGUGACAAAUGUUGGCACUAAUGUACUUCGGCAAAAUAGUUUAAAUGUGCAACUGUAGAUGCAUACGACUUUUUAUUCACAUUAGUCAAAUUAAAUGUCCAUGGUGAACGUCCAUGUGUAACCAGCCUAGUUCUACCAAAGCCAUUCUCUGUUCUGCUAACCGCACCUCUUUUGCCCUUUAAAAUGUAUACUGGUAUUUAAUCCUCUGUAGCUCAGCUGGUAGAGCGCGGCGCUUGUAACGCCAAUUUAUUUAUUUUAUUUAUUUAUUUAUUUUUGUCAUUUAGCAGACGCUCUUAUCCAGAGCGACUUACAGGAGCAAUUAGGGUUAAGUGCCUUGCUCAAGGGCACAUCGACAGAUUUUUUUUCACCUAGUCGGCUCGGGGUUUAGAACCAGCGACCUUUCGGUUACUGGCACUAUGCUCUUAACCACUAAGCUAACUGCCGCCCUACCAAGGUAGUGGGUUCGAUCCCCGGGACCACCCAUACACAAAAAUAUAAAAAAAAUAUGCACGCAUGACUGUAAGUCAAAGCGUCUGCUAAAUGGUUUAUUAUUAUUAAUUAAAUGCUCAACUUAACCAGCUGUACUAGAUACAUUGCAGUUAGACUUUUCAAUGAGAGGCAUUGGUAUGUGCGUAUAUUGCUGAAAUAUUAGUCUUAAUAGGGCUAGGGAGAGAUGUAGAAGUUGAUAUUAAACGGCAGUGGAACAAAUUAUGUGUGUGUGUGUGUGUGUGUGUGUGUAUAAUUGACUACUGAAGAACUGUGUGACUGACUGCUCAAGACUAGAGAUGGCAAUUUUUCGCAAUAGCCAGUGAAUGAUCUUUAUCUGGAGGCAUCUCUCCCAGUCUUUGAAUUGUUACCUAGUUGAUCUUUACCUUAGCAAGUAACUUAAACUCCUCCACGGAGUUGAGCGCAGAUACGUUUUUGAAAUGUACCUCCGAUUCGUUCGAGUUGCUAUGCGUCAAUACUUCAAAAAUGUAUAUUCUUAACGUGCAUUUCUUUGUUUGCUGAAAAAUAAUUUUUAAUGAAAUACAACCAACCACCGACUGAUUCCUCGUUGCUGUUGCUCUAAGAUGGCAACUCAGCGCGAAUGUGCAUGUGCCAAUUGAAUCUCAACAAGGAAAGUUGGUGGUUGUAUUUGAUUAACGUUUUAUUUAAAAAAUAAAAAUCUGCAAAGGCACGCAAUAAGAGGACAAACAGUACACUAAGGGAUUCAUAAUUUCAAUUUUUAAAGCAUUGACGCAAAGCGACUUGAAGGAGUCGAGGUUAAUAAUACAAAAAUAAAAACUCUAGUCCGCUCUUCACUCCAUGGAGGAGUUGAGGUACUUAUCUAUCUUUACCUAGUCAAAUUAUUUAUUUUGAGGAGAAAAAUGCACAUUUGGAGAUGUUGCGCUCCUCAGCUGUUUAAAUGAUGUCAUGGGGUUAAAAGUUUGUUGAUGACCACCCUCAUUGGGGUGGGGCAAAGGAUGGUAACAUGAUUAAAAGGUUGUGCUUGCUGGUGGGUUUGCAGUCGAAGUACUAAGAGCAUCACUAAGUUAACUUACAUCACGUGCAUACUCAACCUGCUUUAUUUUCCCUCUUCCCAGAUUCUGCCAAAAUGCUGCAGAGUUUCUCCCAGUCGCAAGACUGGUUUUACUCGGAGCCUCUCUUGUUUGAUGAUGAAUUCUGUCAGAGCUUGAUGAAGGACCUACAGUCGCUCCCCACGCCACCCCAGUCCCCUCCAUUGAAGACUGGACUCAAUGCCAAACCACUUUCCAAGGAGGACCAGUUGAGCUACGUCUCUGACAUACUCCUGGAGGAUCAGGACCCGCAGCUAAAUUGGAAUUGUGACUUUUUGUACGAUGGCAGUGCAACCGCGACAAAGGACCAACAGCCAGAUGAGUCCGACGACUGUUUAUGGCAUUGCCUCGGUGAUAAGUCUAUGGAGAAGCUAUCAUCUGUGCUCUCCAGCAGCCCACUGCUCUCGGACAUAGACACGAGCAUUUUUGAGGAAAUUGCCGGCUCCAUACUGGACUGCCACAGCGCGGCGCUCGCAUGCCAAGCUUUGGAGAAUGAGGAUUUACUAUUGGACAGUCCGGAGCAAGGCAGCGAGUCGACCUCGGACUACGGCUCAGCAGGAGGUGAAUUCUCAACGUAUUCGAGCAGUGCAAGCGAUUCUGGUGAGUUGGUCCACAUUCGUGGCCAAUGUGCUUGAAAAUGAAAAGGUUAUACCAUGCGUUAGUGAUUUAUUUGCUUAAAUGUUAAGAGGAACUGUUAGAAAGUUACUUCUGUACAGCAAUGAGUUGAACUCUCAUGCAUGCUUUUAAAUGCCAUAAUUUCCAUAAUAAGGGAAGUGAAAUUAGGACCAAGUGUUUUUCUUGCACCAUUCAAUGGGAAUACUAUUUCUCAAGCACUUCUUCAAAAAUGAAGAACAUGAAUUAUCUGCUGUGCAAGCUUGCAAUGCAAUAUAAUUAACCUAGAAAUAAAGUUGGCAGCAUUGCCUCGAAAGUUGCAAUUAAAAAAUGUUAGUCUAAAUCCAAGGCAUCUGAAAUGUAGUCUUUCAAACGUUAUCGGAAUUGACUAACACAAUCCCUUGUGGUUUUCCUCUCUACAGAGGAGGAGAUAGACGUGGUGACGGUGAAGAGGACCACUAGCCCCUCCUCCCAGUCGGUAGAAGAGAGCCGGCGGCAGCAGCGCGCCUUAAAGCGGCAACACCUGGAGAUCCAGCUACAGCACAACUACGCCGCCCCCUGCCCCGCGUCACCUCUCCACUCCGAGCACUCGUCAACCUCCUACCACAAGGGCAUCCGGUCCUCCGACUCACACAGACACCACCACAGCUCGUCGGGCCGCUCGUCCCGACACCACCUCAGCAGUCACCAGCAGUCUAGCUCUAGGCAGUCGACCGACGUGGAGGAUGAGGAGGAGAGGAGGCAUACCCACAACGUGAUGGAGAGGCAACGCCGCAACGAGCUGAAGAACUGUUUCCUAAGGCUCAGGGACAACGUGCCCGAGCUGUCCAACAACGACAAGGCCUCCAAGGUGGUCAUCCUGAAGAGGGCACGCGACAGCAUCCGCAGCCUGGAGCUGGCGGGCCAGAAACUGAACGUCAAGCAAGACAAGCUCCGAGAGAGGCAGGAGCAGCUCAAAGUUAAACUGGAGCAGCUCAGGAGGCAAUGUUGGGACUGAGGAGAUGAGGCGCAAAAAUAAAACAUUAAGAGAUAUUUGAAAAGACCGGUCUUGACUUAAGACAAUGCAUGGUGUCAUCCAUCCCCUGCGGUGACUGUUUAAGAAGAAGUGAAAGUUGCUGAGAGACAGUUAAAAGUGUAUGUGUAAAAAAAGUUUGGUUUGGAGCAACAGGUCCACGUUCAGCCUAGUACAAUAAUGUUAGUAAUAUAUUGUCCUAGCGAUUUUCCAAAGUCAUUGUUCAUAGUAGACUACAUGUAACAAAGCCUAUGUUGUAGCGUAAGCUAUAUCAAAUUGAGCAGCCAUUUGUUAGUGAAAAACGGCCCUUUUUAUACAGUCUCUUUCACAUUCCCCCAUGUUAUGAAAUUCCCACUGGGCACAGGAUGUCAAUUCAACGUCUAUUCCAUGUUGUGUCAACGUAAUUUCAUUGAAAUUAUGUGGAAACAACAUUGAUUCAACCAGUAUACCUAGUGG